AUGCCUACAGUAUACGAGCAGGCUGCCAGACAGGACUCCUACGCCGACGCGACACUACUAUCGAGUGAUUCUCCCAGCACACCCCCAAUGCAACCGGUCGCCUUGAACCUGAAGCCAAGUCAAUCACCCCCUCCUCAGGUCUCGAGUGUCCCCAUUGUCAUCCCGCCCGACACCGACGACGCCCAGGAGCACUCUCUGAAACCAGAGAGCCAGACACUCACAGGCGACAAGACACUACUUUACUUGAUGGGAACCGGCCGGGACCUCUACUCCUCCGGCCUGGACUCGACCAGGUCACUGCCGGGAUAUGAUCGGUCCAAUUGUGGGAGUGAUCGCAGUGAUCUCCAGAUCACACCGCGCUCAGAAGUAAGCUCGAAUGGACACGAGGACAACAAGAGCCUGGGCCGGCGGGAGUCAAGAUCUGAUGACGGUGCGCCUGGUGGCCCCUUGGGCGGCCCUCGCCUCCAGGUCCUCGCGUCUGGAGCCUUGGAAGCCGUCAACAAACGAAAAGAUCCCUAUCACGAACAGCCGGCUACGGCCCGUGCUUCUUCACUGGACAUAUCCAUGUCCACUCGCCAACUCUCGAUCCAGGACCCCCAUUCUCCUUCAGCGCCUCGACCCAUACCGCGUAUAGCCACGCACGAGGACUCUCCGAAUGGCUUGCUCAGUCCGCCCAACGGUGGACUCCCUUCCAUCGCCUCCUUUGGACUCGACCCCACCGGGCAGUCGCUACCCUCUCUUCGGUCGACGCUCGGCCCCUUGCCGUCGUUCUUUCACCCCGAUCUGUCGCCCCGAAGCGCCGCGAGCCCCGUCUAUCCUCACUCGCCGCCCUACGGAUACUUGAGCCCGAAUCAGCUUCCACCCAUGUCCAGCCGGAAUGGCUCGCCCCCCAUCUCCCCGCCAGACAGCUACAAGAGGGGUCUGCCAUCUCCUUCGUCCCUACAGCCAUCGAGUCCGUACCGUACCCUCAGCCAGGGGUCCUCCCACCGUCCGAGCGUUGAUUACACCAACGGCGCCGCUGUGGGUGACAUACCAAGUCCAGACUCCAGGAUCCCAGCCGAAGCUCCUGCCCCAAGCGUAGAUCGCAUGAGCAUCGAGGGUAUCACCAACCAAGGCCAAUUUCGAUGCUCCGUCCCCGGAUGCACAGCGCAGCCCUUCCAGACGCAGUACCUGCUCAACUCACACGCCAACGUGCACUCAUCCGCGAGGCCUCACUACUGCCCUGUGCCAGGGUGUCCGCGCGGUGAGGCCGGGAUGGGGUUCAAGCGGAAGAACGAGAUGAUCAGGCAUGGUCUCGUCCACGACUCCCCCGGCUACGUGUGUCCGUUCUGUCCCGACAAAGACCGCAAAUACCCGCGGCCGGACAAUCUUCAAAGACAUGUGCGAUCCCGUCACGUCGACAAGGACAAGAAUGACCCCCAGCUGCGCGAUGUGCUUGAGCAGCGCUUGGAAGGUCCCCAUCGCGGUCGCAGGCGGCGCGUUGGGUCCUGA